AUGAAUAAUGUAGUGAGAGCCCCCGAGAGAACGAAACGGUAUAGACAUAAAGAAUACAGACGAAGGCGGUAAAGAAUGAAAAGAAAAAAAAAUAACUAAACGUGUAUAAAUACCAGUUGUUCAUUCGGUUUACAUGUGCGAUGCGAACGCGGGACGUAUAGAGUAGAGACACGGUUUGCCAGGGUUGCUUUGCUUCAGAAUUCUGGUUUGAGUAGGGUGGUUCGGCGCGUACUGCUUGCGUAUUGCGAUUGAUCGCCGACAACCACGGAGACGGUAGUUUAGUUUGUUGUUCGCUGCCAAACCGUGUGGACGUGAAUUUGUGGAAGUCAAAGCGGUGCCUGGACGGAAUACAAAAGUGUACCGAUUGUGAAAAGUGUUGUUCUUCUGCUGAGGCCGUGUGCUAAUACUGCUCCGUGUGUACUACGUCCAAGUACCCGGAACGCUGGGACCGGAUUACUAAUCGACAAAAAAACGGUGAAACGUUUACGCACACUAGAACAACAACUGAGGUCGACUGGAUAAUUGCUGAGGAGCACUUGUCUUCUUGAGAAUGACUACAGGCGGAAAAGAUUGGUUAUCAUGUCGACAAGUACUGAACAUUAUGGUCAUCUUCGGCUUUAUGCUGAACUAUGCCUUGCGGGUAAACUUUACGAUAGCUAUUGUAGUGAUGUGCAAGACCUUGAAGAGUGUAACCAACGGUGACCUUGGUAAUGCAACGGCGGAGGCUUUUUCCGGUGGUUCUAACAUAACCGACCAGGGUGGGAUCCCAGAAGAGGACAAAUUCGAGUGGGAUGCCUACCAACAGAACCUGAUGCUCGGUAGUUUCUUCUGGGGUUACGUACUAACGGAACUGCCCGGUGGACGCUUGGCGGAAGUCGUCGGUGGACGACGCGUAUUCGGAUACAGCAUGCUAUUCGCCAGUGUAUUGACAUUGAUAAUUCCUCUGGCCGCGUAUACGCAUUACAUUGCCGUUGUUAUACUGCGAGCUGUUCUAGGCUUUUUCUUGGGAGCUUCCUGGCCGGCCAUUCAUCCGUUGACUGCAGUCUGGAUUCCACCGAUGGAUCGGUCCAAAUUCAUCUCCAAUAUGAUGGCUUCUUCGUUGGGAGCUGCCAUUACGAUGCCAAUCUGCGGUUUCCUAAUAGCAACUGUCGGUUGGCAAUCGGUGUUCUACUUCACCGGCGGAAUCAGCUUGCUAUGGUCGAUCAUCUGGUUCCUGGUUGUAUUCGAAACGCCAGCAACUCAUCCACGAAUCUCGGCAGAAGAGCGAAAUGAAAUUGAAAGUGCAAUCGGUGCUGUAGGCAAGACAAAGAAACCUACCUAUGUGCCGUGGAAAUCGCUCUUUACCUCGGCUCCAGUGUGGGCCAUCAUCCUGACCCAUGGUGCUUCAGUUUUUGGCUUUUUCACCGUUGUCAACCAGUUACCGACUUACAUGAAGUACAUCUUGGGCUUUAACAUUAAAGAGAACGGGCUGCUGUCCUCGUUACCGUACUUUGGCAAAUAUGCCAUGGCUGUUAUGUCUUCCCACCUGGCCGAUUAUCUGCGUAAGAGCGGAACUUUGUCGACCACUGCAACUCGCAAGAUCUUUACAGCUUUCGCGGUGAUGACCCCCGGAUUCUUGAUGAUCAUUCAGGUUUACAAGGGUAUGAAUGCCCAGUGGGCUGUGUCAAUCUUUACGCUAGCUCUGUUCCUGAACGGUGCCGUUACGGCUGGCUACCUUGGCAACGGUCUCGACAUUGCACCGAAUUUCUCCGGUACCAUUUUCGGGAUGGCAAACACUCUAUCGUCGUUCGGAGGAUUCGUGUCUGCUUACAUGGUUGGCGUCUUGACUAAUGAAAAUCAAACAUAUGGUCAGUGGCAGAUUGUGUUCUGGAUUUUAGCCGUUGUAUACAUCGUCGGUUCGUCGGCUUACGUUCUCAUGGGUAGCGGUGAGUUGCAGCCCUGGAAUAACCCACCGGAACGGGGUGUCACCAACCUAGAGGCAGAGGAAGGUGUACCACUGAAUCAACAGGCGCAGAAUAACAAAAUCUCCUAGAAAGGAUGUAACGCACAUCAAACAGACCCUGUUACGUAUAGUCUGUUUUCAGAGUUAUUGAAAACAUAACUGAUUUUACUCUUAGUCGUGGCUUUCGUAAACGAAAUUAACGAUUAACUUACAAUUUACACUUACUCGAGAAUCACAACUGUACCACACCGGUUUGUUUGGUGGUGGACCAAACUUUUAUUAUGUUUUCAGGUGGAGCUUUCAAGGAUCGUGUAGAUAUAAUUGUUUGAAGAACGAGCUUUAGGUGUGAGCUAGAUAAAAGAAGUUUCUGAUAGAUGGGAUUUACUUGAGCAUUUAUUUUUAUCAUAGAGUCCCAGUGAGAAGUAAAUCUGAAGUGUAUCAUCAAAAGUUACACUUGUUGUUAUAGGCGUAAUUAUAGGAAAUGAAGUUAGAAUACUACUCAUAUUAGGGGAAAUGGAAUUGUAGAACAAAAAGUAAUACUGUUUUUGGAAACAACAAUGAUCGAGUUGUGCUUGUUGAUGCUUUGAUUUUCAUGUUUUAAUGAAUAUUAACAUGCUUUUGUCUCUGAUGAGAGCACUUCAGUCUCUAACUGUACUUUGUACGUUUGAACUGAUCCGGUGAAAUAAAACCUAUUCACUAUUUCAGCAUCAAUGCAACUAGUGUUCCAAAAACGAUUGAAACAUGAUCCAAUCUAACAUUUCAAAACAAAGAAUUCUAACAUGUGCCUUUUAUUGAUUACAUGCCAAACCACGCUUGAUAAAACUUUUCAAUGUAUAAUUGUUGCCAGAUACUUACAGAAAUAUAUUGAUAUACGUAUGAUCUGAACUGUAGGCGGUAAUAAACGUUAUUCACAUUGAUACGAAAGUCAGAGGUUACAAUAAAGAUAUACAAAUUCUUAAUCAAUAAAAUAGGAAGACUACAUUGUGUAUACUCUGAAACAAAACUAGUGUAUUGUUGUAUGUAAAGUAGUUUUUUUUAAAUUUACAAUGCGUUCUUGCGAUGUAUGGAAACAUUUAGAAUGUACCCAAGUAAUAUUUUCAAAUAAAUGUUUGAAAAUCUGUAUUAAUCCACUUA